CGAGAGGAAAGCGGAAGAUGCGGCUGUCAAUGGUUUUCGUUCGGUCCUGUCAAGCUAGCGCAGCUAAACGUUAGCAAACCGAUUUUACUGCGAAAAACAACGGCAACGGAGAUUUUGAAAAAGAAACGUCUUGUAAGAAAUAUGCGUAUAACGAUGUAACCGGUAGUUAGACGUUUACAUUCGUAACCGAAUGUUGGCACAAGAGUGUGUGUUAGAGUAUUUUUCGUGGCGUUGUUGUUGUUGACAAUACCGCACCCACAUUCAUUCUUCCUUGUAUCAAACUAGUUAGUUGCUAGCUAAUGUUAGCUUUUUGCAUUAGGUCUAGCUAUAUUGUAGUAGGCAGUCGUGACAAAUAUACAGUUUUGUUAUUAGAAUCCUGGUGUAAUUAGCUAGCUAAAUCAUGACUGGGGAGAAGAUUCGUUCGUUGCGGAAGGACCACAACAAACAAAAUAAAAAUGACGAUAUUAUGGAAUCCUAUGAUGCAUCUUCAAACGGGAGCAGUAAUGCAUUUAAAUCAAACAAAGGUUUUCAACAGUACCAUAACAAAUCACAGCAACAGAUAUCAAAUAUCAAUGUAAACAACGUACACGCGAAUUCAUCCCAUGGAACUAUCGUUGAUGAUAACAAAAAUCCCAUCAUUUUGACAAAUGGGGAGUUCGAAUUCCCAGUUCACGAAUGUGUGUUCAAAGGAGAUGUGCGUCGCUUAUCUUCACUCAUUCGGACCCAGAACAUCUCCCAAAAAGAUGUACAUGGGAACACACCACUCCACUUAGCAGUGAUGUUGGGCCACAAAGAGUGUGCCCUCCUGCUGUUGGCCCAUAAUGCCCCUGUGAAGGUGAAGAAUGCCCAGGGGUGGAGUCCCCUAGCCGAGGCCAUAAGCUACGGUGACAGACAGAUGAUCACAGCCAUCCUGAGGAAGCUCAAGCAGCAGUCCAGGGAGAGCGUGGAGGACAAGAGGCCCAAGCUGCUGAAGGCCCUGAGGGAGCUAGGAGACUUCUACUUGGAGCUUCACUGGGACUUUCAGAGCUGGGUGCCCCUGCUGUCCCGGAUCCUUCCGUCGGACGCCUGCAAGAUCUACAAGCAGGGGAUCAACAUCAGACUGGACACCACCCUGAUUGACUUCACCGACAUGAAGUGUCAGAGGGGGGACCUGAGCUUCAUCUUCACGGGCGACGCCCCGCCCGCCCAGUCCUUCGUGGUCCUGGACAACGAGCAGAAGGUGUACCAGCGCAUCCACCACGAGCAGGAGUCGGAGAUGGAGACGGAGGAGGAGGUGGACAUCCUGAUGAGCAGCGACGUGUACUCCGCCACGCUCUCCACCAAGUCCAUCAGCUUCUCCCGCAGCCAGAUCGGCUGGCUCUUCAGAGAGGACAAGACGGAGAGGGUGGGGAACUUUGUGGCGGACGUGUACGCGGUGAACGGCCUGGUGCUGGAGUCCAGGAAGAGACGCGAGCACCUGAGCGAGGAGGACAUCCUGAGGAACAAGGCCAUCAUGGAGAGCCUGAGCAAAGGGGGCAACCUGGUGGAGCAGAACUACGAGCCCGCCAGGAGGCCGUCCCUCACUGCCCCGGCCCCCAACACCAUCUCCUGGGAGGAAUACAUCUCCGCAGAGCACGGAAAACCACCCCAUCUUGGGAGAGAGUUGGUGUGCAAGGAGAGCAAGAAGAACUUCAAAGCCAAUGUGGCCAUGAGCCAAGACUUCCCUCUGGGCAUCGAGUCGUUACUGAAUGUGCUGGAGGUGAUCGCUCCGUUCAAGCACUUCAACAAACUCAGAGAGUUUGUUCAGAUGAAACUUCCUCCCGGGUUCCCGGUCAAACUGGACAUCCCUGUGUUCCCCACCAUCACGGCCACCGUCACCUUCCAGGAGUUCCGCUACGACGAGUUUGACGAGUCCCUGUUCUCCAUCCCGGCUGAUUACAAGGAAGACCCCAGUCGCUUCCCUGACCUCUGACCUGGGGGGUCUUUGUAGAGGUGACCCCGACCUCCCGCUUCGACAGAGAGAUGAACUCUUUCUACGCUGAAGGAAAUAACCAACUAAAGACGAAGAACAGGAAAGAAGUGGAAUUCUAUUAUCUCAUGUUUUAUGUCUGUGUGUUCCGACGAAAAGGGAACGGUCCUUUUAGUUUGAGUUUUUGUUUUUGUAGGAAUCUUUAUCUAAUCCAUGCAAACACACGAUGUAGCGCAACAUGACUUUGGGAAUCAGAUGGGAAACGAGACAUGAUCUGGAUGAGAAUUUGGGAGGGGGGGGGGGGGUAGAAAAGUAAAACAAAAUAUAACUUGGCGCUGAGGUUCCAGCUUUGAUUUCACCUACAUGACCACUACUCUCCCUGCGCACUCCUGUGAGCAGUGAGGAAGCUUCACUGGAUCUUGUAUUCCAAGAUAACUCCCACCUUUUCACGACACCUUGUAGUACUGUACUCUUGAAAGUGCACUGACAUUUAGCGUCUGUAAAUUGAAACACUAUAUAUGACAAUGAAAAUAGCGUUAGAAAUAAACAUAUUCCAUAUUGAA